AUGGGAGUGCUUUCCAAUAUGAUCGACCGGGAACAGCUGAAUCCCGGUGAUCACAUUUACUCUUGGAGGCAAGCUUACAUCUAUUCACACCACGGAAUAUUUGUUGGCGAUGGAAUGGUGAUCCACUUUACCAGAGGAGCAGGUCAAGAAAUUGGAACAGGAACUGUGUUGGACAAACUCCUUUUUAGUUCAUCUCCCCCUCAUUCUUCUGACACUCCAUGCCCAAGAUGUGGGGACCAAACCAGGACCGAUGGUGUCAUCGCUUCCUGUUUGGAUUGUUUUCUUUCUGGUGGUAAUCUAUACAUCUUUGAGUAUGGGGUAUCACCUGCUUUUUUUCUAGCCAAAGCUCGAGGAGGUACCUGCACUCUUGCUCCUGCUGAUCCAACUGAAGAUGUCCUUUAUCGUUCUUCAUUUCUUCUCGAAAAUGGGUUUGGUGGAUACAAUAUUUUCAAGAACAACUGUGAAGACUUUGCAAUUUACUGCAAAACAGGUCUGCUUGUGUCCACAAGCAUCAGUGUUGGUCGCAGUGGGCAAGCAGCAUCUUACUUAGCUGCUGCUAGUACUGUAGUUUCCACACCGCUUCGUUUUAUGACCACCAGCUUUGGUGGUUUGGCAUUGGUUGGUUUUGGCAUGUACUGUGUUGGGAGGUUGAUGUCUGAUAUUGGAGUACGCCGCGAUGUGUCGAAAGUUCCAGUGGAAAGGCUAAUAGCUUCAACUGGCUUAGAUGUACCAGGGAGGACAGCUGAGAUCGCCAAGGAAGAUUAG